AUGUCAAACUUGCUAAUAAAGAAAGAAAGUCCAUUAAUAUUGAUAUCUAGGAAACAAAUAGAUGAAUAGAAGCAUGAAUUCUCCUACGAAGCGCCUAUCCCUGAGCUUAAAGAACUACAGAAAGGUUUUAUUUCCACAUAUGAUAAUAAAAAUACUAAAGAAGUAUACGAUUAAAUAACCGAAAUAAGAUAGAUAUACGAAAAACCUGAAUUUAUAACUAAGAAAGCAAUAACUGGUAAAGAAACAAUUUAAGAAGAGUAAUCUCAGAAAUAAACUAAAGAAAAAACAGAAAGUGCAACGAUAAUAACUUAGGAUAACAGAGAGUAAUGUAUAAAAGAAAUAAAAAGAUACAUAAAAGAGAACUAAGAUUCAGAUAAGUUAACACUAAACUAUUUAAGAAAUAAUUUAUAAUUUUAACCCAAAAACGAAUUUAAAGAAAUUAUAGAGAAGUUAUGUUAUAAAGUGACUAAUUCAUUAGGAGACAAUGUUUAUAAAUUAAAAUGA